GAGGAGAAGCGCUUUCUCUUUCUCUUCUUUCUCUGAUCAGAGAGAUACAGGCAUUUAAAAUAAAUAAACCGAAAGAGAGGAUGUGAGAAGAGAGACGAGAAGCUGACAGCCAGCGCUGAGACUGAAAUGGACGUGAGGAUCCCGGUGGAGUCUGAGUCUGAGGUGUGGUCUCUGUCUGAGUCUGAGUUCAGCUGUCACUGCUGCUAUGAGGUUCUGGUGGAGCCCACCACACUCACCUGUGGACACAGCUUCUGCAGACACUGUCUGGCCAACUGGUGGGCCUCCGCUCGGCCCCGCGUCCGCACCGACUGCCCAGAAUGCCGAGCGCUGUGGGUGGGCUUUCCCAAAGUCAACAUCCUGCUCCGGGACGCGGUGGAGAAGCUGUUCCCCGCUGACGUGAGCCGCCGGAAGCAGGCCGUCCUGAGCGAUCCGUGGCUCUCUCAUGUUCUCCAGGUGUUCCAGCAGCAGGAGAGGAGACAGGCCCCUCGCGCAGCUCCGCCACAGAACCCACCGCAGAACAAUAUGGUAGUGUUUUACACUGGAGUCGUGACAGCGCUGAUCUGGAUGACUAUGGUGGUGUUAUUGUACCGUGCGUUCAGUACUGACUCCAGUCAUGAGGUGCUGCUCACUAAACCUCUCAGCAGGUGGAGCGCUGAUGAUGUCACUCUGUGGGUGGAGCGUCUGGGCAUCUGGACCAAUCAGUAUAAAGAAACCUUCCGCAGGGAGAAGAUCAACGGCAGGUUACUCUCUGCUCUCAGUGAUGAAGAUCUGUCUGCGUCUCCGUUCAGCAUCAAGAGUCAGUCUCACAGACAGAUCCUCCUGGAGGAGCUGCACAGACUUAAAGAAACCAGAGUCUCACCCAACCUCUGGCAGUACAAGGACGUGUUUUUAGGGAAGACUGUGUUCCUGCUGAUCUCUCUGAGGAACUUCCCUCGGCUCACGCUGCUCUACCUGUUCCUGCUGGACUUUGAAGACACCUUUCUGCCCUUCAUUCACGGCAGCUGCCCGGUGACCCCGCUGACCCCGGACGACCCCGCUGACACGCCGCUGGAUUGGCCGGGCUGGCGUCAGUGGGCGGAGUUUCUUCUGAUGUACUUCCUGCUGCCCUAUCAGCUGCUGUCAGCGCUGGCCUGGCGCUGGAUGAGCUCUCAUUACUGGACGGCAGGUUUCAUCAUCGCUCACGCCGUCUUACUGACCUCACUGGACGUGUGUUUCUACUGGACCCUGUGGAGGAGAGGAGAGAUCAGGACGCUCCCUCAGAGGGUCUGGUUUCAGGUGGUGGUGGUGAUCAGGGACUCGUCGGUGCUGGUGCUGCUCUGGCCGCUCGUGCCUCUCUUCAUCAUUCAUUUUGAGAUCUACACCCAGAUCUUCAUCUUCCCCUUCCUCACGGCGGCGCUGGUCAAACACACACUCCUGUCCACGGACACGCCGCACGGGCCCUGACACGCUGGGAGCCGAACCCCUGACUGAGGCGUUGCGAGCGCUGUGAUGAGCCACAGGACCUUCACCUCUCUGCUUUCAUACGAGAAUCGGCUUCAUUUACUUGAUUUCAUGACUAUUAAAUAUUUAAAAAUAUAUAUAUUUAUUAAAAAA